ACAUGCUAAUCAGGAAUGGCAGAAAAGAAAAAUGGAGGAUCGGUUGAAAGAGAUUACGAUUUGGAGGUAAAACAAAACCGUUGUCGAUGAAAUAUGCCAAGGAAUCGGUCCGGGGUACUACCCCUGCCAGACGGAUGGGAGGAAUGCCGUGACUUCGAUGGGAAAGUGUUCUUUAUAGACCAUUCCACUCAGCAGACGACCUGGAUAGAUCCGCGAGACAGAUUUACAAAGCCCCAGACAUUUGCGGACUGUGUGGGUGACCAGCUUCCCUAUGGAUGGGAACAAUGUAUAGACGAGCACCUGGGUCCUUACUUCAUCAAUCACCUAAAUCAAAGCAACCAGCUCGAGGACCCACGGGAACAAUGGCGCAGUCAACAGGAAGUGAUGCUGAAGGAGUACUUGGUCACCGCCCAGGAGGAUCUAGCUGCCAAGCGGGAAAUCUAUACAGUAAAGGAACAGAGGCUGAUGCUAGCACAGGACGAAUAUCAACAUCUCAACGACACACUUGCUAGCUGGAAGUCGUCCCGUACUAGUUUGAACUCCAAUUCAAGUGUAGGCAGUACCAAGUAUGAUCCCGAUCUAUUGAAAGCUGAUGUCCACCAUGCUAAGAAUCGCGUGUCGAGACUGCGCCGGGAGUUGGAGCAGAUUCGCACGGAGAUGCACUACAAGGAACAGGGAGUGGAGACUCUCACAAGGGUGGAUCAGAAGCUGUCAGGACAGAACGGAACAUUCAAUGUGUCUCAGGCCCAGGCGAUCGUACAGGAGAUCAAACAAAUACAGACCUCGGUGUCGACCAAGGAGCAGGAAAAGCAGUCACUGAUCGCGUCACUGGCCCGCCUCAAGGAUGACUUCCUGACAUCUAAAAAUGGUGGAUCGUCGCCGGAUGUGUCCACGCUGUCCAUACCUCUGAAGUCCAACACAGCCUCUCAGACGGACCUGCGAGGAGAGCUUGGGCCGGGCAGCAGUUCCUACAUCCAGGAGAUUACACGGCUACGCCUGCAGUACCAAGAGUCCCGCAGCCGACUACUUGACCUCAAGCACAAACUGGCCAAUGUUGAGGACCAGAUGGUGCCGGGUCAGAAUGAGUCGGACAAAGACAGGCUCAUGUUACUACAGGAGAAGGAACAGUUAUUACGGGAACUCAAGAGUAUUGACCCAAAGGAUCGCAGCGAGAGCGAUAUCUUCUCCAUCCGGGCACAGAUACAGCAGCUGGAGCAUGACCUCGUUGUCGCCAUAGAAACCUGCAAUAAACAGAUAGCAGACAGAAUUCAACUACAAGAGCAGAAGUCUUCGUUGAUGCAAGAGUUGUCGGAGGCAACAAGAUUGACGACCCUGCUCGAGUCACAACUUAGAAGUCUGUCGGUAAGCACCCUGUCCAUGUCGUCAGGUUCUAGUCUGGGAUCCCUCGGCUCCCUGUCCUCCUGUAGCCACAGUUCUCUCACCUCACUCAGCAUGCUUGACAUCUACCAGCAGCAGUCGCCGUCGGAAACAAACCUUCACGAUCUUCACAGACGGUUAGAAAAGUUGUUAAAAGCACACAGUAUAUCUCCUAUACAUGAAAACCCUAAGGCGGUAGCGCCAGGGUUGGACAUUACGUCGGCGGCAACCCGAGGUUACAUGGAAAGCAUUAAAGCAAGCAAUACAGAACUAUCAUCGUCCAUGAAAUCAAUAUCGUCGUUGUCGUCGUUGUCGUCUGUUUCUCCCCCGGUGUCCCCGUAUGAUGUGGGCCCACCUCCAUCUUACCAGGACCACAUCACGUCUGUGGAGCGACAACGAGUGGGAUUGUUUGGUAGUAACAGCAGCCUGACCCCCGUCACAACUAACAGUGUGGAAACAGAGCAAUCAAAAGUAGUGUUAGACUCGUCAUUCUCUCAUCAUCAACUCAGCUCCGAAAACAGUGCACGGACUAAUCUGUUUCUCAGCGCCACCCUUAACAACAGGCCAGUAAUGGGCGCGAGUGAUCACCUUGUGGAUCCAGCCUCACAGGUGGUGUCUGGACCCAAAAGGGCCGCCCCGCCCCAGUACCCAGACAGCAUGGAGGUAAUGUCAAAUCCUCCCCUCAGUCCCAUCAGUGAGAGUAGCUCAGGAGUGGGCAACAAUCUGUCGGGGGCAAAUACCCGUAGUGUUUCUGCUGCUGUCAGUGACGAGUCUGUGGCCGGUGACAGUGGAGUGUUUGAGGCAUCCAUGAACAUAACUAAAAGGGAUGUAUUAGAUGAAGCAUUAGAGAUGAAUUUAGAAAGUGCUCAAAUACAGAUCAAACUUAGGUACGAUCACACAGAGGGAAAUCUUGUUGUGGUGCUAGAACAAGCCAGAAAUCUAUCAGCAUUAGCUUUCUCUGCAGGAAGCAAAGUAUAUAUAAAGGCUGCCCUUCUACCCCACAACACGGAUCUACCGUGGGAGACCCAGUCGUCUGCCGAUCUCAAAAAUCCCCGCUUCUGUCAGGCCUUCCGAGCAAAAGUUGCUGAAUCAAAACUGCUGAACAAAACUCUGCAGGUGCAUGUGUGGAGUCUACACCAGGAACUAGGAAAGGAGUGCCUGGGAUGUGCACAGGUGAGCCUGGCCGACUUCGACCCUAAGGUCACAUCUAUACGCUGGUAUAACGUACUCAGCUUCAAGUUCAUGCAGGCCGACUCAGUCACCAGUAAACCCAUCCCGAAGAGUAAAACGGAGGACAACAGCUCAGAACCAUCAGAAGAAUCAUCAUCACCAUCCUCAAACAGCUUGCCACCGACAUCAUCUUCAUCAUCACAACAGACAGAACCUGUUGACAAAGUGAAGCAGCUACUGGAGGCGUCGUCGGUACGGUUACAGAGAACGGUAGAGGACCGGGCCAACACAAGGGACAACAGUCAUUUCAGAAAUACUCACCCCACGAUAGCCUCUCUAAAGGAGGAGAGCAGUGACGAGUCGACCAUCAUUUCCUCCCAGACCUCUACUCUCACCAGGAAUCAGGGUAGGUCCAACGCCAUCUCCUCCCAGGCGUCUACUCUUACCCGAGAUCAAGGUCCAGAAGACAUGGAGUACCACACGGACAUGGGAUUGGCUAUGGGGCCUGAGGAGGAUGACGAGGAAGACGAAGAUGAAGUGGAUUACAACGAUCAUCUGCAUAUCCAACAAAUUCUCAACCAGUUCGAUAAGGCGGUGGACAACGAUAACUCCGACCAGGAAGAUCUGGUGGCCACCUGUGACAAGGAGACCAAUACUGAUGGUAUCUAUGCCACAGCACACCCUACCAUCAAACGCCGCCCUCCGCAGCCAAGUGUGACCAGCUCCCGCGGCAGCACAAUACGCCGCUCACAGACCUUCUCUCCUGCCUGUAGGCCGGGCAACAACUAUGUCUGCAAACUAAACAGAAGUGACAGUGAUAGUUCAAUGCCACACUUCAAGAAAGGACCUUUCCAGAGGCAUUCGAUGGAGCGACGCAGCUUGAGGUGGAAGAGGGCUACCAUCGGUGGUACUAAGAGUGAGAAGAUCCCCCUACGAACCUCCAUUGACCUUGAGCUUGACCUUCAGGCUUCCCAGAUGAAGUUGAGUCAUCUUGAUGAUGACAUAAAUCGCCUUAGAGAACUCACAGUUACCCUUCAGCAGGCCAAGGCAAAAGGGGAGACAGAGCUUCCAUCUUGGUUAACAGACGAUGAACACUUCCAAAAACUUCUAACGGAUGCAGAUAAAAUGAUAUUGUUAAGGCAUCGCUCCACACAAGAACUGAAAAAAGAUGGUCAGAAGCUGUCAAAACAGGACAAAAGAGCAGAACAACUCCUGAAAAAAGUAACAAAGGACAUCCAAAAAAUAAAGCGCACAAACCCCAACUGUAAUGCCAACACAUUCAGGGAGAAGAUGGCGUUCUUUACCACAGUAAACAUGCUGGUACCUGUCGUGGCACCAGAGUGCAGCAGUGACAACCCUGGUUUUGAAGAGUUCCAUAAAGAAUCUGUCGUGACACCAGAGGUGGAAGGGAACAGUGACGACGCACGCUUUGGCGAGUUUCUCAAAGAUGAGCGUGUCGGUCAAGAGGUGUGAUAGUAUUGUCAUCCAGAAAUGUGAAAUCAACCUUCUGUGUACAAAACUGAUAAGGUCAACACAAACAGACGUUGUUACCUCCAUGUACAGAAGGGCCCCAACCUCUGUUUACUGAACAAGGCAGUCGUUUAAUCACAAACACAAGGCGAAAACGGUCACAAAGGUCAACCUUAAACUGGGCAAGGUAGUGGUGACAUUUCACUUGCUGCUUGUCAGACGAGGAAGUAGAGGCGGUUUGUACAAAUGGUAUUAAGAGUUCACAGACUGGAUUUUCUAUGUCGGAUGCUCCCUGCAUGCAGGAAUAGUUUCGGGCAUUGAAGACGAAUUCACAUUUGGACGGGUAUUGUUGAAGGGAUUGGAGUGUACCUUUCUCUGUGGAUUUGUUUUUGACUGCAAAUUACCGGUUAAUGAUAUUGAGGGCCUAGAAAAUAAGCCAAAUUACUCAGAAGCAAGUGCUGAAUUUUACCUGGACUUGAUGAGUUUUUGCUAGACAAUUCAUUCCAAAUAUUUGUAUAAGUGUGCCCUGUUCCAACAUUGUCCCCAGAUUUUGUACACAAUAAUGUUCAUGAUAUGAAAUGAAAGUUUAAUAGUCAAGAUAAUUUUAUUUCUAAAAUAAUGUCCAGAAGUUUGCAGCUUUCAUAAAUUUAGAGACCAAGGAAGUAAUUGUGGGAAAUUUAUUUUUUCUGACUAUUCCAGCUGAAGUUAAUGAGGUUACACUGAAUACAUCUUUUUAAAUUCAUCUGACUUCUAUGUCAAAUAAAAAUUACAUUUCUGCAUUUAACUUAAUAAGUGCCCCUGGUGUUCAUUUGGAAAAAGUUAGAAUGAUAGCAGAUACAUUACUUCACAUAAGGUGGUGAAUUAUGGUGGAGGAAUGACAUGCAAAACAAGAGAAAGGCAUAGGGGCACUGAUAAGUGAUAGCACAUUUAUUUGAUCAAUACUACAGAUUUCUGAGUUAACCGUUGACUCUCUUGUAUCUGGUACUGACUUGACACUGACAUCAGAAAGGCUGUAAUCGGGGCUACUGUGUUGGAGCUGGGUACAAUCUGUAUGUAAGGACCCCUACUGACUGGUUUGUUGGAGCUGGGUACAAUCUGUGUGUAAGGACCCCUCCUGACUGGUUUGUUGGAGCUGGGUACAAUCUGUGUGUAAGGUCCCCUACUGACUGGUUUGUUGGAGCUGGGUACAAUCUGUGGGUAAGGACCCCUACUGACUGGUUUGUUGGAGCUGGGUCCAAUCUGUGUGUAAGGACCCCUACUGACUGGAUUGUUGGAGCUGGGAACAAUCUGUGUGUAAGGACCCCUACUGACUGCUUUGUUGGAGCUGGGUACAAUCUGUGUGUAAGGCCCCCUACUGACUGGUUUGUUGGAGCUGGGUACAAUCUGUGUGUAAGGACCCCUACUGACUGAUUUGUUGGGGCUGGGGACAAUCUGUGUGUAAGGACCCCUACUGACUGGUUUGUUGGAUCUGGGUACAAUCUGUGUGUAAGGACCCCUACUGACUGAUUUGUUGGGGCUGGGUACAAUCUGUGUGUAAGGACCCCUACUGACUGGUUUGUUGGAUCUGGGUACAAUCUGUGUGUAAGGACCCCUACUAACUGGUUUGUUGGAGCUGGGUACAAUCUGUGUGUAAGGACCCCUCCUGACUGGUUUGUUGGAGCUGGGUACAAUCUGUGGGUAAGGACCCCUACUGACUGGUUUGUUGGAGCUGGGAACAAUCUGUGUGUAAGGACCCCUACUGACUGGAUUGUUGGAGCUGGGAACAAUCUGUGUGUAAGGACCCCUACUGACUGGUUUGUUGGAUCUGGGUACAAUCUGUGUGUAAGGACCCCUACUAACUGGUUUGUUGGAGCUGGGUACAAUCUGUGUGUAAGGUCCCCUACUGACUGGUUUGUUGGAGCUGGGUACAAUCUGUGUGUAAGGACCCCUACUGACUGGGAUGUUGGAGCUGGGUACAAUCUGUGUGUAAAGACCCCUUGCCCGUUUUCCAUAGCUGUUUUAUCAGAAAGUUUGAUAACGAUUAUUGUCGGUAAUGUCCUGUGGUUUUGGAGUAGAUGUAUUUCUAUGUAGCUGAAGUAAAAGCCAAAAUCUACAUAUCUUUACAUCAUGUUUUACCAAAUGUUACAGGUUCCUAGGCAUAACAACUAUGGCAAUUUAACUUGUAUUGAAAACUUGCAGUUAUAAAAUUUGAUAGAUGAUAUAUUCACUCUUGGCUACAAAAAUGUUUCAUAUGAUAUAGGUCAAAAUGAAAAGUCAAAGGUCAUUGAUAUUGUAGUUUGUGUGUCUUUAAGUUCCUAUGUGUACAUUUACCAGUGAUUAUAAAACGUUUAGCUUACAUAGCCUGCAAACCUCAUACCGUGUUGGGUGAGUGGGGGGAUUGUUUGAGUAAACCUUAUACCAUGUUAGGUGAGUGGGGGAAUUGUUUGAGCUAACCUCAUACCAUGUUGGGUGAGUGGGGGGAUUGUUUGAGCUAACCUCAUACCAUGUUGGGUGAGUGGGGGAAUUGUUUGAGCUUACCUCAUACCAUGUUGGGUGAGUGGGGGAAUUGUUUGAGCUAACCUCAUACCAUGUUGGGUGAGUGGGGGGAUUGUUUGAGCUAACCUCAUACCAUGUUGGGUGAGUGGGGGAAUUGUUUGAGCUUACCUCAUACCAUGUUGGGUGAGUGGGGGAAUUGUUUGAGCUAACCUCAUACCAUGUUGGGUGAGUGGGGGGAUUGUUUGAGCUAACCUCAUACCAUGUUGGGUGAGUGGGGGAAUUGUUUGAGCUUACCUCAUACCAUGUUGGGUGAGUGGGGGAAUUGUUUGAGCUAACCUUAUACCAUGUGGGGUGAGUGGGGGAAUUGUUUGAGUAAACCUUAUACCAUGUGGGGUGAGUGGGGGAAUUGUUUGAGUAAACCUUAUACCAUGUUGGGUGAGUGGGGGAAUUGUUUGAGUAAACCUUAUACCAUGUUGGGUGAGUGGGGGAAUUGUUUGAGUAAACCUUAUACCAUGUGGGGUGAGUGGGGGAAUUGUUUGAGUAAACCUUAUACCAUGUGGGGUGAGUGGGGGAAUUGUUUGAGUAAACCUUAUACCAUGUUGGGUGAGUGGGGGAAUUGUUUGAGUAAACCUUAUACCAUGUUGGGUGAGUGGGGGAAUUGUUUGAGUAAACCUUAUACCAUGUUGGGUGAGUGGGGGAAUUGUUUGAGUAAACCUUAUACCAUGUUGGGUGAGUGGGGGAAUUGUUUGAGUAAACCUUAUACCAUGUUGGGUGAGUGGGGGAAUUGUUUGAGUAAACCUUAUACCAUGUUGGGUGAGUGGGGGAAUUGUUUGAGUAAACCUUAUACCAUGUUGGGUGAGUGGGGGAAUUGUUUGAGUAAACCUUAUACCAUGUUGGGUGAGUGGGGGAAUUGUUUGAGUAAACCUUAUACCAUGUUGGGUGAGUGGGGGGAUUGUUUGAGUAAACCUUAUACCAUGUUGGGUGAGUGGGGGGAUUGUUUGAGUAAACCUUAUACCAUGUUGGGUGAGUGGGGGGAUUGUUUGAGUAAACCUUAUACCAUGUUGGGUGAGUGGGGGGAUUGUUUGAGUAAACCUUAUACCAUGUUGGGUGAGUGGGGGGAUUGUUUGAGUAAACCUUAUACCAUGUUGGGUGAGUGGGGGGAUUGUUUGAGUAAACCUUAUACCAUGUUGGGUGAGUGGGGGGAUUGUUUGAGUAAACCUUAUACCAUGUGGGGUGAGUGGGGGAAUUGUUUGAGUAAAAGAGAGGGAGGAUUACCUCAUUAAUUUUGUUGUCUGUGAGAUUGCUUCAUACAACAAUCUUUUUCAUGAUGGUCUGAAAACCAAACGCACAAUUACUUUUAUUAUUGUUGUAUGAGACAUAAUAUGACCAUUUUUUCCACUGAUUGAAACCUCCCUAAAAUAUAACGGGGACACUAGCCAAUAAGGAACAUACAUUUUACCAUGAGCAAGUCAAAUGAAUUUUUAAAUGACAUUUUAACAUGUCAAGAAAUGAACGAACAAAAUCAAAAUUUUAUAUUAAAUCACUGUUGAGCUCAAAUCAUUAAAUUUAAGCUAAUUACAAUCAAAUAUUGUUUAAGUAUGAAGUGUUCUAUACAGUGUAACUGUGCUGUGAUUAGGAGGUUUCCUGGUCAGAGUGGUGGAGUACUUGAGGGUAAUCUUGGUGGAGAGGUUUUAGUGUGACUCCAUUGUUGGAAGUUACUACACUGUCUGUGGAUCAUAAAAUCAUUUUUGAUGUGCUAAGUCAUGUUGUUUUCACCCUGUUGAACAUUGUACUCGAUACAUAUACAAUAUUAUACCUUAUAUAUCUCUUAUGCCAGUAACAAUACCACAUUAUACUUUAUCUUUGAUUUGUAUUCUGUACCCUGUAUGAUAGUUUAAGGCCAAUAUAUACUGAGUCAUGUCGGACGCCAUCAGCAAUAAACACGCUCAUAAUAUUCAACCAAAUCUGGUACAUACAUUUGCUUAUGUCUUCUGUUGACAGCCCAAUAUUCUUAACAUAAUUAUAUUCAAGAUGUUACAAAAACUCAUGAAUUAAAUUUUGGUGAAGUCUACGUAUUUUAUUUUAUUCCAAAUAACAUGUUGAUUUCCAUAUCAUUUUAUUUUUUCCCAUCUGAUAAAUUACACUAAAAAAUUGUAAAAAUGUUGAAAUUAAGAUUUUAAAAUGUUCCUCCUACAAAUUAUUAUAUUCUGUUAAUUUCAUUUUGUUUUCAUAUUGUGCAAAUAACCAGUAAUGCUGUUUUCAUUUUAAGACCCUUGACAUGGCCGGUUUAUGACAUUGUGUGUUAAAGACAUAUUGUACGAUUUUGUCUCCUCAUCAUCAGUUUUCUAGCUGCCUCAGCCUCUGUACAUAAAUAGCUAUAUGCCUUUUUAUAUACUGUAAUAUUUUUUGUACAUUAUUUUAGCCAAAUAUGAUUAUGGUUGUACAUACAUUUUGUAUAUAAAGUAAAGUCAUCAAUUGAGAUUAUUCCUUUACUUGGUACAUUUCCAGUUGAGGAUAGCAGACAGAGACUUACAGACAUGCUGCAUUGUACAGAAGCAACAACGUCUGUGAUGGAGAACGAGGCGCUCCGAGAAUUCAUUAUUUUCUCAUUGUUGUGAUAAUUUACAUCUAGUUUUGAGUGUGAGAUAACACACCGUUUAAUGUACAUAUAUCUAUGUGAUUUUGUUUUCGGUAAAAGUAUAUACCCAUAUAACUAUUAUAUAUCUAUAUAUACAUAUUUACAGUCGUUUAUUAUCAUAUUUAUUAUCUCAUGGUAGUUGUUGUUUCCAGCCUCCUGUCAACUCCUCUUCUUUCUUUCUACCAAAGCAGAUUCUGAGCCGAAACAUCAUACCCUGUGACUGUUAUGUCGCCCAGAAUAUUUUUAUCAAUAUUACACUUUUUCUUUCCCAUUUCUUGGACCAUUUCAUCAACUCGGACCAUUUGAUCACACCACCUUUUUGUACUGGUAAGAAAUACACAACACAUCAUGUGCAACCUUUUUGAGCAAUUAUUCAAGAACGUAAUUGUGUUGGGGUAGUCAUUCCAUACAACCAUCUAUUGAUUGAAAUGGUCGGCUAUGUAUUGUGGUGAUAUACUUUACAUGUCUUGGGUUUAGUUCUAACCUGUUACAAUAAUUGUUUCGGCCAAUAUUGAAUUAAGAUAAAUAUUUUGUAGUAGUUAUUGUAACUGAAUGGUGAAUUUGAGGUUUGAAUGUGUUUUUGUGAGAUAAUAAUUUCACAAGAUGACCUGUAUUUUCUAAUAGCAAUAUUACUACUACAUAACUCUAGGGAUUCCAAGCUAUUUAGUGUCAUAGCUUUGGUAUUAAUUUUCACCCAUUUUCACCAAUGUUGUUUUUAAUGUAUUCCAUAAAAAAACUUUGUAUAUUUUUGUCACAUGAAAAAAAGUGUCAUAAUCUAUCAAAUGAAAGACAUGCUUCGAUGAAAAAAACAAAGAUUUAUAUUUGAUAUUGUGCUGCUGAAUACCACCAUGUGAUGGAAUGGGGGAGUUGAUUUCCUGUGAUACAUCACUGAAACGAUAUUAGGGGCGUGUCCACUAUCUAUUAAUAGUUACACAUUUAUGGAGGUCGGCCUUAAUCAAAAUCUGGCCUAGAGUAACAAGUUGUUGGUACUUAAUUAGGAGAAGAUAAUUUCUACUGCUAAAUGUGAGAUUUCUCGAGCUAAUUGCAUUCACUGUUGUUUAGCUCACAAUUUUCACUUUUCAUUUUUAACUGGUAUUCUUUACGAUAUCAUAUCCCGGUGUUGACCUGAGCAAGCCUGUGGCAGGUCAGCCUAUACUAGCUAUAACCUUUGACCUAUGACUGUAAUGCCUAUUACGGGACAGGGACGCGCCAGCUGUAUGCUGGAGCAUUACUGAUCAUAUCUACAGUAACUACACUAACAACAUCGGGGAUAAAUACAGUAGGAAUGAUUACUUGUUUCCAAUAACAACAAAAUGGUGUUAUGAUAACAUUUUAUCAGUGAUAACUAAAUGAUGUGCAUAACAUUUUAUAAAGUAAAACUACAUAUUGUUUAUGAUAACUUGUUAUCAAUGAUACCGGCUGCAUACUGUAUGUAACAUGUUAUCACGGAUAACUUAAACAUAACAUGAUGGUAUUAAUGAUAACAUAAUACUGUAUACAGUAUAACAUCCAGUUAUCAUUGAUAACUACAACAGUGUCUAUGUGGUGGAUAUCAUAACACCACAAUAUCAAUGAUAUCAUCAAUGAUAACAUUUUAUCAGUGAUAACUACAGCGUAUAUAUAACCUAAAACUCUGUCAGAUACUCAGGUUAGAUGCAACAUCAAGUCAGCAAAAGUCCGUGUAACAUUUAUAUUUUGCAUAAAUAAAGCAAAAUAUUGAAAUAA